GGCAUCACGGCAACGCAAGACGUCGUCAAGCACCAGCCUAGGUACCUCGUCCCAUGUCACAUUCGCUUACCGAACCCCUAGCAGCAGGUGACGGCGGUCCAAAACACCAGCCGGCGGGGUCCGACUGCCGAUCUUGCAGAUCUGGCCAGAUGCCAUGCGGCCACAUGCGCGCUAUCAUUGGCCCUGAGCCGCAGAUUUCAGGAACCUUUUCCUUCGCAGGGCCCUCUGUCAGGAGUCGGGAGUCGAUGCGCCACGAGCGACCCCGAGCCCCCUGGUUGGAUCUGUCCAUCGUUUCCCCUUCCAUGACGCUGCAGCCGCUCCUAGCUAUCGGUCGAAUCGUCUUCAACAAUGCCAUGGUGUGCUAUUUCGAGUCACCGAGAGCAAACCAGCCCCCUCUUCAGCUGCGACGCUCGCUUUUAGCUGCCACCUACCGCUUUGGUACAAUGCUCCUUGGAUGGCGCCGGGACGCCCCGACCAAUGGCCGCCGCGGUGGUGCCUCGUUGGGGAUCCUGCGAAAGCCGCAACGCCAGAUGAGGCGAGCUGUCCGCCUGUCUUACUCCGGUGAUCGUCGCCCGAGGCUGUCCCUAACGGCGGGAUUCGUCCGUGAUUGAUUGAUCAAUCGACUACCUGUUCCCUUCGUACCGCACGGAGUCCGCCUAUUGGUGCACGCGCGUAUUGAUGUUGGUGUUGGCGCUGGUGACCCGUCCGGUCGCCGCCGCCGCCGAUGAUAAAUAGAGUCGAGCCGCACCGCACACCGACCUGCCGAGCCUGGCGCGCUAUGCUUUCUCCAGUACUGCUCUGCUCUUCCUUUCUUGUUGUAUACAAACGCCGAGCGUAAGACACAGACAAAAAGGUCCAGCCAUGGCCUCGAUUCUUCGCACGCUUGUCCCCCUGGUGGCGCUGCUGCCCACCAGCACCCUCGCCGACUCCAAGAGCUGCCCGGGCAACCUCCCGCUGUCGUGCCACAACAAUACGGUCGUCGAAGACACAUGCUGCUUCAUUCCAGCGGGUCAGCUGCUGCAGACGCAGUUUUGGGAUACGCAACCCGCGACCGGGCCGGCUGACUCAUGGACCAUCCACGGCCUCUGGCCCGACAACUGCGACGGCUCGUACCCCAAGCAGUGCGACAGCUCGCGCGCCUACACCAACAUCAGCGACAUCCUGACGGCCAACGGCGCGGGCGCGACCCUGGAGUACAUGCAAAAGUUCUGGAAGGACUACAAGGGCGACGACGAGUCCUUUUGGCAGCACGAAUGGGGCAAGCACGGGACGUGCAUCAGCACGCUGGCGCCGUCGUGCUACCAAGGGUACAAGCCGACCGAGGAGGCGGCGGCCUACUUCUCGCGCACCGUCGAGCUCUUCAAGGCGCUGCCGACGUACCAGUGGCUCGCCGAAGCGGGCAUCACGCCGUCGGCCAGCAAGACGUACGCGCUCGACGACAUCCAGGGGGCGCUGCGGGCCAAGCAUGGCGCGCCGGUGACGCUGGGCUGCAAGGGCAAGGUGCUCAACGAGGUGUGGUAUCACUACAACGUCCAGGGCUCGCUGCAGGGCGGCAAGUUUGUCGCCGCGGAGCCCGACGGCGCCAAGGGCAAGUGCCCGAGCAAGGUGCAGUACAAGGUCAAGAGCGGUGGCGGCAACGGGACGUCGCAUCGCGGUCACAGCUUCGCGGCUUAAGUUAUCUCCCGCUCAUGGUCCUUGAUGCUCGGUUUUGACGGGUGCAACAUCAAACGUUUGGAGGGGAUCUCUCAUGACUGGCUGUAUAUGACGUACGCUCAUGUAUAUAAACG